AUGGCGGCGCUCCUACUAGGGUUGCGGGUCACACUGGUGCCGAGCCGCCGCGUGGGGUGCGUUGUGGCCAGUCCAGCGCGCAUUAUCAGUCAGGCGGACGGCGCACUCGGCUUCCUCGCCGUGGUCAGGAUGCAGAAGGCAGAUACCCUCCUUACUGUUAGCAACACGAUCCAGACCAUCCCCGCCACGUGA